AUCUAAUUUAAAUGUUGGUUAAAGAAAUAUGAAAACCAAAAUGUUGCUAAUGUUACACUGCAGGUGGAGCAAGUGGAAUUGGCCUUGAGACAGCAAAAGUAUUAGCAUUAAGAAAUGCUCAUGUCAUUAUUGGAGCAAGAAAUUUAGAGGCUGCAAAUGAAGCAAAACGAACGAUUCUCAACGAAAAAGCAAAUGCACGAGUCGAUGUCUUGAAGCUCGACCUUGCCUCGUUCGACUCCAUAUCUGAUUUCGCCGAUAACUUCCUUGCUCUCGAUUUUCCUCUCAACAUCUUAAUAAACAAUGCCGGCCACUUCUACUUGACAAACCUACUGCUCGAAAAGAUGAAGGACACGGUGAAAUCUAUGGGCAUCGAGGGUAGAAUCGUAAAUUUGUCGUCGAUAGCACAUCUUCAUUCGUACGAAGAAGGGAUCAGGUUUGAUCAGAUUAAUGAUGAAAGCAGUUAUGAUGAUAAAAAAGCAUAUGGGCAGUCCAAACUGGCCAAUCUAUUGCAUGCCAAUGAACUUUCACAGCGCCUGCAGAAGGAGGGAGCUAAUAUUACGGUGAACUCGGUGCAUCCAGGACUUAUAAACACGAAUCUUUUUCGAUAUUCUGGAUUACUAGUUAAGAUCUUGAGGCUUGCCACUUAUUUACUGUGGAAGAACAUCCCUCAGGGGGCAGCCACGACGUGUUAUGCUGCUCUUCACCCGAGCUUGAAAGGCGAAACGGGAAAGUAUUUUGUCGACUGUAAUGAAUUCAAGCUUAGCAGAUUCGCGAGAAAUGAGGAUUUGGCCAAGAGACUCUGGGAUUUUAGCUGCAGCUUGGUUCAUGCAGCUAAAAGAAACUGAAAUUGCUUUGUUGGCCUAUGGAAAGUCUAGUGAUCUCAUGUUCAGAGACAAAUUGUGUUCUGCAAUUUUCUAUUUAGUAUUUUACUUGGGAAAAAAAAAAUGAAUAGCUUAUGAAUUUGAGGUAUUUUGGAAGUUCAAUCAUGGAU